CGGGUCUUUUGGUACAUGCAGUCCGAGGUCGCCAUGGAUCGGAUGAAGAAGAUCAAACGGCAGCUAUCAAUGACACUCCGAGGGGGCCGAGGUAUAGAUAAGACCAAUGGUGCCCCUGAACAGAUAAGCCUGGAUGAGAGUGGCGGGGGCGGAGACAGUGACCUUGGAGAGGUUCCCACACAUGCUGCCCCUGGGGAACCUCGCCCUGGACGUGGCCCACUGAGCUCUGCACCAGAGAUUGUACAUGAGGACUUGAAGAUGGGGUCUGAUGGGGAAAGUGACCAGGCAUCAGCCACGUCCUCGGAUGAGGUGCAGUCACCAGUGAGGGUCCGCAUGCGCAACCAUCCCCCGCGCAAGAUCUCCACUGAGGACAUCAACAAGCGCCUGUCACUACCAGCUGACAUCCGGCUGCCUGAGGGCUACCUUGAGAAGCUGACCCUCAAUAGCCCCAUCUUUGACAAGCCCCUCAGCCGCCGCCUCCGCCGUGUCAGCCUGUCCGAGAUUGGCUUUGGGAAACUGGAGACCUACAUCAAGCUGGACAAGCUGGGCGAGGGAACCUAUGCCACUGUCUACAAAGGGAAAAGCAAGCUCACAGACAACCUUGUGGCACUUAAGGAGAUCAGACUGGAACAUGAAGAGGGGGCACCCUGCACCGCCAUCCGGGAAGUGUCCCUGCUCAAAGACCUCAAACAUGCCAAUAUUGUCACGCUACAUGAUAUUAUCCACACGGAGAAGUCCCUCACCCUUGUCUUUGAGUACCUGGACAAGGACCUGAAGCAGUACCUGGAUGACUGUGGGAACGUCAUCAACAUGCACAAUGUGAAACUGUUCCUGUUCCAGCUGCUCCGUGGCCUGGCCUACUGCCACCGGCAGAAGGUGCUACACCGAGACCUCAAGCCCCAGAACCUGCUCAUCAAUGAGAGAGGAGAACUCAAGCUGGCUGACUUUGGCCUGGCACGGGCCAAGUCCAUUCCAACAAAGACCUAUUCCAAUGAGGUGGUGACGCUAUGGUACCGGCCCCCUGACAUCCUGCUUGGGUCCACGGACUACUCCACUCAGAUUGACAUGUGGGGUGUGGGCUGCAUCUUCUAUGAGAUGGCCACAGGUCGGCCCCUCUUCCCAGGCUCCACAGUGGAGGAACAGCUGCACUUCAUCUUCCGCAUCUUAGGAACCCCAACUGAGGAGACAUGGCCAGGCAUUCUGUCCAACGAAGAGUUCAAGACAUACAACUAUCCCAAAUACCGUGCUGAGGCCCUUUUGAGCCAUGCACCCCGGUUCCCCUGUCCUUGUGGUAGACUUGACAGUGAUGGGGCUGACCUCCUCACCAAGCUGUUGCAGUUUGAAGGUCGCAAUCGGAUCUCUGCAGAGGAUGCCAUGAAACAUCCAUUCUUCCUCAGUCUGGGGGAGCGGAUCCAUAAACUUCCUGACACUACUUCCAUAUUUGCACUAAAGGAGAUCCAGCUACAAAAGGAGGCCAGCCUUCGGUCUUCGACGAUGCCUGACUCAGGCAGGCCAGCUUUCCACGUGGUGGACACCGAGUUCUAAGCCACAGACCGAGGCCCCAGCAGGCAGCAGCUGGAGGGAUGCCACACCCCUCACAGGGCAGCCCCCAACUGCGUCCUUGCUUGCUGCUGCCUACCUGCCUGCCUCAUGCUCACCUGCCCAUGUGUUCCCUGCUGCCUGUCUGAACACCCAAUCAUUGGCCUGUCAACCCACCCAUUAGCCUGUCUUGCUGGGUGCUAACAAAGCUCUCAUGGCUCUUUU